CUAAGAGAUCACUGGAAUCAAUAAACUGUGAACUGCGAAGUGUGAAUAACUUUGACAUAGGUGCAGUUUGUUUAUCACAUUUGUUUGCAAACAGACUGAUAACUUCAGUAUAUGUGAUCAGUAUUACGUUUUGCUGUGACUGAAAUUCAUGAUGAUAACGUUAACAGUUAGCGACGGUAAAGCCUUUGUUUGGAAUGCUGAUGAUUGGCUGACACUUAGAGAACAACAUCGUAUUAUUGGAAAUCUCAUAGGGUGCUUGCCACACAUGCCACGGCAAGAGACAUUUCUCGGUCUGCCUUUGGAACUUUUGCCAGAGGAAGCAACAUUACUAGUAGAGAAAAAAAUUGCAACUUUAGCUCGCUUCCCAUCACUGUCCCGAGCACCUGGCUCUGGAAUCCAAAAUGAAUAUGAAAAAUACAGGAAAAGAAUUUAUGAAGAACAGACAGAGCACUUAAUGCAAUCACGAAGAGAACAAGUAACGAAUAUGAUAGACAAAAUAGUAGAAGGCAAGAAACUUAAGUUAAUGGGUGUCAAGAAAAGUAAAAGGAAAAAGACUGAAUCUCCCCCAGAAGAGGCGUUAUGUGACAUGGAGGACAUCGUCAUUGAUAAGGAAGAGCUGCUAAAAGAAGAGUUCGCUAAAAUAAAACCAGUGACCAUUGAAAACACUCUUGUUCAAAUUUUUUCAGUAUAUCCUUGGCUGAGGCAGGAAGAUGCCUGCCCAGUAAGAUGGGAAUUCCCAAAAUCACCAUUGGAUAAAAUACGCUACAAAGUAUUUAAGGAUUUGUGGGACAAGGGUUACUACAUGACCAGUGGUAAAAAGUUUGGUGGAGACUUUUUAGUGUAUCGAGGCGACCCACUUAAAUUUCACGCACAUUUUCUCAUUUUGUGCAAGGAACGAGAAUGUUCAAUCUCUCUCUAUGAAUUUAUAACCUUUGGAAGACUGGGAACUAAUGUCAGAAAGAGGGCUGUGAUUGCCACUCUGUCCGAAGAUGGAGACCUCAUUUAUCAGUCGGUAAAAUGGAGAGACAGACAGAGAUAGUAUGGUGUGUUGCUUUGUGCAGUAUGUUUCAGACAGUUAUUGUAACAAUUAUAAAACACAUUGUAAAUAAAUUAUUAUUACUGAAAGCCA